AUGAACAUUUAUGGUGUAACCUCGAGAUGGAUACUGUGUUUUAAGAAUGAAGCACAGGACAGCAUACGUGAUAUUUUGGUUUGUGAGAAUGCGGACGAUAUGCAUUUCAGCAGCAUUGUCAAGGAUGUGUCUGUGUCAGAAAAAGCAUUUUUAUGCGGGUUCAGAAUUGAAGGGAUCGACACGCUGAGUGAUUCACCACAGAAUUUGAAGGGAAGUACGGCUGAAUGCAAGACUUCGACCGUUCAGGAAUGCCAAGAAAUCGCUGAUCAAAAUAGCGAACAGAAUACGGACAAAUUGAAAGCAUACAUGAGGCUUGAUGUCCCGAUCACGAAAACACUGUAUACGAAGAUAACAGGAUUAUCUUUACACAGUGAGGUUCGGUUCUCUGACACAGAAAUUUUUGAUAUUGUGAAGAAUGUCCUACCGUUUCUAAAUAGUAAGUCAUUGGUUUUGCGCCAGAUAUGCCAGCAGCUGAUGGAUGAUAGCAAUCUAAGUGAUCGUAUUAAGACGCUCUACCUGAACACGCUUUCUGCCACACACGAGGAUGGAAUUGACCCAAUGAUUAGUUUUGAUCUAAACUACUGUGAUUUAGUCACGGAAAUACGUGAUGUGGUGUAUUUUAUCGUGACAGAUGAAUCAAAUAAUGUAGCUCUUGUUUCGGAAACUGAGAAAUAUGAUACACGAUUGCCCGUGUAUACCACCUUACAAAACAUAGGUGUUCUGUUUGCACCUCGCUUAGUGAAAAUGAGUAGCAAUUUUUUGGUCGAAAACCAUGAGUACUUGCACGCUUUUUGUUACGACAUUCUACCAAGGAAUGUUAGAUUGGCGGUGGAAAUCGACUUUUCUGAUGCAUUCCAAGGCAACACAAAUUUUGAAAAUCCUGGUGGUUGGAUCAGUGACAUGCCCUCAGAAGAGGUUGUUGAUGCUUUGAAAUGCACAUUUCUUGAAUCACGCUUUGUGAGUAAACUCAUCCUACAGUUCAAAGAGGUAAACUGUGCUUUCGAUAUGAGUUUUCUCGGUGAUAAGAACGUACAUCUGCACUUUUACCAGUGUAUUAUAGGAUUCGGCGUUGUUUUACCAAAUAAUGUGACAGGAAUGAGCAUCCUUGAUUCGUCGAUCAAUACGUCAUUCACCAUACCUGGUACCUUAGAUGUACUUGUGCUUGAGAGAAUCAAAAUUGGAAAGAAGUGCACAUUAACAAUCGGAUGA